CCCCUGUUCCAUCCUCCAGCUCUUCUCUGUCUCCAGCUGCUCCCGGUGAGCCUACCGUCCGAGAACCUGCCUUCCGUGGUUCAGCCUGAUGCCUCUCUUCAGCCUGAUGCCUCUCUUCAGCCUGAUGCCUCUCCUCAGCCUGAAGCCUCUACUCAGCCGGAUGCCUCUACCCAGCAUAAUGAACUGAUCCAGCCUGAUGAUCCUAUUAAGCCAGUUAACUCGAUGCCCGCUGUUGAUCCAGAUGAUCCGGUACCUGAUCCGGUGCCCGCUGUCGUGCCAAUUGACUCCGAGCCCGCUGUCGUACCUGGUGACUCGGUGCCCACUGCCUUGCCAGAUGACGUGGUGCCCGCUGGCGAGCCGAAUGACCUGAUUCCUGGGACCCAGUGCCCGCUGUCAUACCUGGUGACCCGAUGCCCGCUGUCGAGCCAGACGAUCCAAUGCCAGACGACUCGGUGCCCGCAGUCUUGCCAGACGACUCGGUGCCCGCAGUCUUGCCAGACG